AUGGAGUGCGUGUGGGACGCAUCAUUGCUGCGCCUGGGCGAGCAGCUCCCGCCGGAAUUGCUGCAAAUCAUUCAAAACGGCAGCAACGAGCGAUAUCUGGAGGCUAUCACCGAAGCAUCACUCGAUCCACGAUACACAUACACGCUCCUGGUUCACUGCGCAGAUCUUUUCCCGCACAUUUGCGCGAGUCUUCGCAUUCAGGGCUCAUUCGCUGCCUGUCUGGCCACACUGGGUCGAGUCGUACCUCAUGCGUCUCACCUCGCAACGUUCGCGAUUCGACUGCUGGAGAACGAGACAUAUGCCUUAAAUUCUUCAUCGGAUGACGAUGACGACCUCCAGUACUUACUGGGCCUGUUGCGUCUGUUGCGGUUCAAUGCACGAAUAUUUCGCAAGUUCGUCAGAUCCCAUGAGCUGGUAACAUGGCUCGGGAGAACAAGCAGACCUGCUACCUACUUGAUCAUUCGAAUCCUCCAAAUCGACCUUGAGGCAGCAGAUCAUUGGCUGGAAUCGACUAUCAAGCGGUAUUUGGGCGAAGACACUUCUGACGGUCACAUCGAUGGAACUUGGGAUGAGCAGAUCAUUGACUAUCGAUUCCUUUCUCUCUGGGAGCAGGAUCGAUAUGAAAAUGUCCACAACGCCAUGGCUGAGGUCAGGCAAUCUUCAUCUGGUUCCAAUCCGUCUCUUGGCAGUAUACGAAACAUUCUGCGCGACGUUUUCCACCCGUCAACAUCACUUCUUGCCGGCGUCUUACUACCUCGGGUAGAUGAGCGUCAGACGCCUGGGCCUGGACAACUCGUCGAGACCGAUACUGUCAGAAGUAAUCUGGCGUCCGUGGCUACUGCUCUGAAGUCGACCAGUCCUACUCUACUUCUGGGCUUGGCUGGUUCUGGAAAGUCGCUUCUCAUACAGCAUGUAGCUCGAGCUCUGGGCAAGCUCGACAAGAUGGUCACACUUCACCUCAACGAGCAGAGUGAUGCAAAGCUGCUUCUGGGUGUUUACACAACCGGAGAUACUCCAGGCUCAUUCAUAUGGAAACCUGGUGUGCUUACGACCGCAAUCCAAGAAGGACGAUGGGUUUUUAUAGAGGAUCUUGAUCGCGCGCCAAACGAAGUCCUGGGAACGCUCCUCCCAAUCAUCGAAAAGCGGCAACUUCUCAUUCCAAACCGCAAGGAAACCGUAUUUGCUGCUGAGGGCUUCCGCAUCAUUGCAACUGUUCGGACAACCGUCAACCAUAGGGGUGAAGAAACGAAACCCUUGACGCACAUGGUCGGUUACCGCCACUGGAACCCGAUCUCAAUCAACAUGCCGACAGUCGUAGAACAAGCAACAAUUGCGCGAUCUCUCUUCCCGAAGCUUGAAAGGCUGAUGCCUCAAUUCAUUGCGGUAUACGAGCGAUUGUCUGCGGCGCGGCAGACUUCCAUGGCCCAGAGCAAGACAGGUGUCGCCCGCGCAAUCACUCCGCGGGAUCUUCUCAAAUGGUGUCGGCGAGUCUCGUUGCUCCUGGACGGCCGUUCAUCAUUCACGAGCCAUGAUGAAGACGCGAUCUAUCUCGAGGCAUUGGACUGCUUUGUGGGCGCUCUUCCCAGUGAUUCACUGCGGACAGAUCUUGCCGGGAUCGCCGCCGAGGAGCUAAGAAUAGACCCGCAGCGACGUGACUACCUGCUCUCUGCACGCGAAGUUCAGUAUGAGGCGGACAAGGCCAAAAUUGUUAUUGGCCGCUACUCCUUACCCAAGUCCCGAGUUGGCAAGGUUGCUGAGAGCUCCUUUUCGACCAAUCCACAUACAACGCGAAUGCUGGAGCGAGUUACAUCUGCUGUUUUGAAUCGCGAGCCUCUUUUGCUGGUUGGUGAGACUGGUGUUGGCAAGACUACAGCAGUCCAGCACCUGGCGAAUCAUCUUGGCAAGAAGCUUGUUCCGUUCAACCUGUCACAGCAAAGCGAAGCUGGCGACUUACUGGGAGGAUUCAAGCCCGUCAAUGCCCGAACCCUCAUGGUACCGAUGAAAGAUGAGUUUGACGAUCUAUUCACGGAAGGAUUCAGCUCGUCGAAGAAUAAGCAGUUCCUCGAACUUCUUGGCAAGCAGAUGGCGAGGAGCAACUGGAAGUCCGUCUGCAAACUUUUCAGGCAAGCAUUGGGUAUGGUCGACCAACAGCGCGCAGUAUCGCCUUCGAGACAGGGCGAGGCUCCGGCCAAGAAGCGCAAGAUCGAUAGCAAGCGGCCAAUCAACUUCACUCGCUGGGAUGCGUUCGCUCAGCAACUAGAGAAUAUUGAGCGGAAAUUGUCGAGUGGAAGUGAUGCCUUUGCGUUUACUUUCGUGGAAGGCAACAUCGUCAAGGCUCUUCGUAACGGCGACUGGGCACUUUUGGAUGAGAUCAACCUGGCGUCCCCAGAUACCCUAGAAUCCAUUGCGGACCUGUUGGAUCCUCAAUCGCCGUCACUCUUGUUGACAGAAGCCGGCAACAUCGAGCGAGUCGAAGCGCAUCCCGAAUUUCGUGUCUUUGCUGCCAUGAACCCAGCUACUGAUGUUGGCAAGAAAGACUUGCCGCCUGGCAUCCGUUCGCGCUUCACAGAGUUGUAUGUUGAGAGCCCUGAUAAAGACCUCAAGAGCUUGCAGAGCAUUGUGCGCGCAUACCUUCGCCAGGAGGCCGUAUCAGAUGCGGCCAUCGCGUCUGAUGUCAGUCACCUUUACCAGAAAAUCAUCGCCUUGGCAGAACAGAACAAGCUAGUUGAUGGUGCUGGACAACGACCCCAUUUUUCUCUAAGGACUUUGACAAGGACUCUGAGCUAUGCCAAGAACAUUCAGCAGAUGUGCAGCUUGCGGAGAGCUCUGUAUGAAGGCUUUCACAUGAGCUUCAUGACAUUCCUCGAUACUGAAUCUGCGAGCCUUGUCCAGCCUUUAAUCGAGCAACAUCUGUUCGGGAAGCGGGUAAAUGUGCGAGCAGAGCUGCAAAAAGGACUACGCAAGCCGAGUGACGGUCGCUCACACGCUCAAGGAUAUCCCGGCAGUAAGCACUGGAUACGUCAAGGCAAGGAGGCACUUCAAGAACAGUCGCACUACAUCAUCACACCCUUUGUACAAAGCAAUCUGGAGAACCUAGUCAGAGCAGCGAGUACCAGGCAAUUCCCUGUCCUCAUCCAGGGACCGACAUCGAGCGGAAAGACCAGCAUGAUUGAGUAUCUCGCAAAGCGUACGGGCCACGUCUUCACGCGAAUAAACAACCACGAGCACACAGACUUGCAAGAAUACCUGGGCACCUACGUUUCUGGCACUGAUGGACGACUACAAUUCCAAGAGGGCGUACUUGUCAAAGCAUUGCGUGAAGGUCAUUGGAUUGUACUCGAUGAGCUCAAUCUGGCUCCGACGGAUGUGCUCGAAGCACUGAAUCGUUUGCUGGAUGACAACCGAGAGCUGCUGGUGCCAGAGACUCAAGAAGUCAUUCGACCGCAUUCUGACUUCAUGCUUUUCGCGACUCAAAAUCCCGCUGGGCUCUAUGGUGGUCGGAAGACACUUUCACGCGCCUUCCGCAACCGCUUCCUCGAGCUGCAUUUCGAUGACAUCCCGGUCAAUGAGCUCCAAGAGAUCUUGCACCGUCGGACGCAGUUGCCAGAGUCACGUUGCAAGCGAAUAGUGACUGUGUAUCGGGAGCUAUCAGUUUUACGGCAAGAGAACCGGCUCUUCGAGCAGAAGAGCUUUGCAACAUUGCGAGAUCUGUUCAGAUGGGCGUUGCGCCCAAAUGACACCAUUGAGCAAUUGGCGGCCAACGGCUUCAUGUUACUUUGUGAACGCGUGCGUAAGCCUGAAGAGCGGUUUGCUCUGAAGUCUGUCAUCGAAAAGGUCAUGAGCGAGAAAGGCCCUCGCGUGCGCCUAGACGAAGAUGUUCUGUACGCCCAGAAUUCCUCGGAGAUCCAACAACAUCGGCAAGAGGCGAAUGACCGGAGUGUGGUCUGGACCAGGGCGAUGCGCCGCCUGUACGUUUUGGUCUCGAGAGCGAUCGCAAACAACGAGCCUGUGCUCCUGGUUGGUGAGACCGGGUGCGGUAAAACCACAGUAUGUCAAAUGCUUUCGGAUGCUUUGAAGAAGGACCUGCAUACAGUAAACGCGUAUCAGAACACGGAAACGAGCGACCUGAUAGGGUCGCAGCGUCCUGUUCGCAACCGUGCAGCUAUUGAAGCGGAACUGAGGCAAAAGCUGCUGGCCUCGCCUGCUCUUACGACCUUGAGCGAUUCGCAGUCACAACCAACAGAUACCCUUCUGAAGGAGUACGAAUCAGCGGUCACUGGUCUGGACAAGGAUGAAAAGGCUGCAUGGCUGCAAAGCCCUGGCCACGCAGACAUUACAGCCGCACAAGUGCGCUUCAAGGCGCUGUUCGAGUGGGUUGACGGAAGUCUCGUGAAUGCGAUGAAGACCGGCGAUUUCUUUCUACUUGAUGAGAUCUCUCUUGCUGAUGAUUCCGUGCUCGAGAGGAUCAACAGCGUACUGGAAUCGCAGCGAACGAUCAUGUUGGCGGAGAAGGGCAGCCUGGACUCGUUCGUCAGUGCUUCACCAGGCUUUCAGUUGUUCGCAACGAUGAAUCCUGGUGGCGACUAUGGCAAGCGGGAGCUAUCACCUGCACUUCGAAAUCGUUUCACGGAGAUAUGGGUGCCUUCGCUCUCGGACAUGGACGAUGUGCUGCAGAUCGUUCGAGCCAAGCUCGUUCAAGACGCCCACACGUUUGCGUCGUCGAUGGUCGCUUUCGCUGCUUGGUUCAAGUCACGAUUUGAUACGUCAGCAAGCUCGUCCGUUUCGAUUCGAGAUACGCUUGCCUGGGUUGAGUUUGUCAAUGCAUUCGCGCAGCAGGACGUCACUGCAGCCGUAGUGCAUGGCGCGGCAAUGGUUUACAUCGACACUCUGGGAGCGAACCCGGCGGGCUUAAUGUCAAUCAACAUUCAAGGCAUACAACAUGAGCGUGCUGCUUGUGUUGAUGAGCUCUGCCGUUUGUCGAAGGUGGACGCCAAAGCCAUAUACAGCCAAUCUUUCGAGGCUGUUACCACUGGACAGGCCUUCGCGAUCGGUCCAUUCAAGGUUCCUCGAACGCAGAAUGCCACAGCCACGUCCGUCGGCUUCACUUUCGAGCCGCCCACUACCCGAUCUAACGCUAUGCGUGUCUUGAGAGCACUUCAACUCCGCAAGCCCAUUCUACUCGAGGGCAGCCCAGGUGUUGGCAAGACUGCUCUGGUCACGGCCGUUGCUGGUGCGGCUGGGAUGCCAUUGACGCGCAUCAAUUUGUCUGAUCAAACGGACCUGCUCGAUCUAUUUGGAUCUGAUGCACCAGUUGAAGGAGCACAAACCGGUACCUUUGUAUGGCGAGAUGCCCCGUUCUUGCGUGCCAUGAAGAACGGAGAGUGGGUACUUCUUGAUGAGAUGAACCUGGCCUCGCAGUCUGUCCUUGAGGGUCUCAAUGCUUGUCUUGACCACCGAGGAGAAGUAUUUGUCCCCGAGCUCGGCCAGACGUUUGCGAGACACCCCAAUUUCCGCCUCUUCGCAGCUCAGAAUCCACAUCAUCAGGGAGGUGGUCGAAAGGGUCUGCCGUCGUCCUUCGUCAACCGCUUCACAGUUGUGUAUGCGGACUCUUUCAAGAAAGAGGACCUGAUGCUGAUCUCUCGGCGAAUAUUUCCAGGUCUUCGAGUGGACUACAUCGCGAAGACUGUGUCCUUCGUCACCAAGCUCAACGAGGAAGUCGCAGAGCAGCGCAGAUUUGGCUCGACCGGCGGGCCAUGGGAAUUCAACUUGCGUGAUAUUGCUCGUUGGCUGGAUCUUGCUUCUGCUCGUGAGACUCUGCUACGAGCCGGCACUCCUCGUGAUUUCGCCACGAUGCUCUGCGGCCAGCGUUUCCGAUCCGUGAAAGACAGAUCCUGCGUCACUACACUUUUUGGCUCUAUCUUCGACGAGUCGACAGCCGUAGCGGAUCUUUUCUGUGGCGUAACAACUCAAACGUUGCAAGUUGGACUGGCCUUACUGCCGAGGGGUGAGCACUGGUCAGCGACAGGCUCUUUACCGCAAGAUUACUCUGGCCGUGCUCCAAAGCACUGGCGAGCUCUUCAGUCAAUGAUGCUGUCUAUUCAGCGAGGCUGGCCAGUCGUUCUUGCCGGACCUCCUGGUGUUGGAAAGACCACCAUGAUCGCGCAUCUUGCCGCUUGCACCGGCGCCGAUGUCGUAACUCUCGGAAUGAGCUCAGAGACUGACGCGCUGGACUUGAUUGGUGGUUAUGAACAAUUUGAUCCCAAUCGGCAAUCAACGCAAGCAUACAUUGCUGUUCGAGCGCGGUUGGAGGCUCUAAGCAAGACAUGUAUUGCCCAAGGAUCACUGGAAGCUGCUCUGAGCCAGCUUGACUCCCUGCAACAGCUGAAAUCUUCACCACGCGGCACCGCAUGGCUCGGCAAAAUCGAUCAGUCCCUACCUCCAGAGACCAUGUCAUCAUUGGGACCACUACUGGAAGUACUGCAACGCGGCAACCAAAGCAUUGACAAGGCUCGUUUUGAAUGGAUCGAUGGGCCUCUCAUCGAUGCUCUACGUCAGGGCAAGUGGUUGGUUCUUGAUAAUGCUAACCUUUGCAGUCCCUCGGUGCUCGACCGUCUGAAUUCGCUCCUGGAGCCAAAUGGUUCGCUCAUCGUGAACGAACAUUGUGGUGAGGAUGGCGCACCGCGAGUCAUCCAACCACACGCCAACUUUCGGAUCUUCCUCACUGUCGACCCACGGCUAGGAGAGCUCUCCCGAGCUAUGCGAAAUCGUGCUGUCGAGUUAUACCUCGAUCCAACAAGUCCUGAAGUCGAUUCUUCAACAGACGGCUUAUUUGUUGAAUCGGCGAUGGCACGACUCUCUGCAUUGAGCGCUGCUGGCCUUGCACAACGGAAGCUGAGCAAAGACAGCGCCGCAAGAAUCGCCGCAGACCAUUUUGCAUUAGACGAUCGAGUGCUUACAACAAGGCUGCUGCGCCAGCUGAACUCCGGUCUAUUGCAGUCUCCCGCACAGGAGACAAUGGCCCUCGACUUCGAAGACCACACAUUGCCCGAGUCUCAACUCCGCGCAUACUACAGUGACAUCUCAAGCCAAACGCAGGAGCCUGCUGACUUUGCUUGUGUCCAGACACUUCAUCCCCUCAAUAACCAACCUCUUGUGCAACAAUCUCAUCAAUCUCUCUCGCGCGCAAUGACGAUGGCAGCUCGGCACGAUCUCGGUACUGAAUUCCACGCCGUGGUAAGAAUCUUGGCUACACUGAAAGCCGAUCGCAAGACCUCUGAAAAGCUCACGCGGUUCUGGCGAUUUGUCAAACAGCACGUCAAAGGUGCGGGUGGAAGCACAUCACAAUGGGUGCCUGUCGAGAGCAUUUUGCACUACACACAGGCAUGGAUCCAAGACGUCACCGCUACAUCUACGAUUGCCCUUGCUAAAACCAAGACUGCUCUUCGAGGCUUGUUGGCCUUCGUUGAGACGCUGCUGCGAGUCCUUACCUCAGAGUCCCUGGAGCUCGCAUCGUUCACUGCCUGCGUGCUGGUCGGCCAAGCUAUGGUCACACAAAGCACCUCACUGCAGGGGAAUGCUCAAUAUCUCGGCCAGAUUCAGACGGCCAUCUCUGAUCUCGUUCCAAAGUCAUAUGGCAACACCGGCUCUGGAUUCGUGUCACUGUGGAAGACGUUGAGGAUUCCAAUGCCUGCGACAAUGGAUCAGCUCCAGGCGCUUCUCGACUUCGAAUCAGUGGUCGACCGCUUCGACCGGAUGCUCUCAACCUCUCGACUGUCGUUGCAGCGUCUGGUGGAAUUGCGGAUCGCGUUUCAGCAAGCUCUCAGCGUCGGUGUCAGCGCUGCUUCAAAUCUGAAAUCCCUCGCAGAAAAGUUGGUUGCAUCGACUCCGGAGAUUAACCAGAAGGUCGACGAGGAGAAAGUGCUGCUCAUCACACCGCACUUUGUGCAGAGCUUCGAGUCCAUGUGCCAACAAUUCGCAGUCUUGUCUCUUGAGGCACCAUGCAUGACUCAGAGGGAUGCGGUGCAGCUGGAGGUGUUAGCUCUGCGAAAGACGAGCCACGGACUGUAUGGCGAUCGUUCAAAUUCAGCACAAUCGAAGUUACGUCUCCUCGGGCUGAGUGUGCCUACACAGCAACCAGAGGCUGAGGAGAAGUCUGGCCCUGAAGACAUCUGCCAGAGUGUCCUCCAUUGCUUGAAGACUGUUGAGGACGUCAGCCUGCAGCGAAUGUCACUAUUCGAGGAGGAAAGCAGAGCUCUCGGGCAUGUCGUUGCUUCAAAGGCGCAUUGGAUGCAAGCUGACACCUUGUCUACACUGGAUCGUUGCCUGAGGGAUCUUGUUCGCGUCAUCCUGGAGAGCCUACUUGAAGGUGGAGAUACAUCAGCUAUGCAUGGACAUGCUCGCGUCCUGCUUCAGAGCCUACAGGACAACACCGAUGUUCAGCAACCACAAUCGGAGAGGAUUGAAGCGACUGAGCGGUUACCCCUAGGACUGCUGCAGAACGUCGUUCGAUACCUGCAAACAAAUUCUGGCAAACCUGAGGCAGCAGCUAGCGCCUGGACAUGCUUUGCUAUCGCCUGCCUUGACAUUUUUAUCCCGGCUUUGGCCUUCGAUCCCGUCCAGGAGGCUGAGUUUAGAAGGACAGUCUACUUCAAAGCCAAGGACGGUCUGCAAUCGACGUUGGCAGCUCUAAAAGCUUUCCGAGAAGCCUGGACCGGAGAUCACGACUCGCUCAGGGCACGUCUGAUUGAAGAAGACAUUGCCGCAUUAGGGUCUGAGCCCAAUGUAAUAGCCAUCUGCAGACCUGAGACCUCUGAGCUUUCACAACUUUUCGGGGAGUUCCAAGCUUUGUUGAGGAGCUUGCAACCUUUGAAGACAAGCAUCGCGGGAGCCCUGGACUUCAGCGCCUGGAACAAUGUUCUUGUGACGAGGACGAGACUAUCCACGCAGUACCGAGCGUACGCAGAUCUGACGAGCCCUGUGGUUGGAUUCAUUGACUGCCUGGCUGUCGCUCGGCGUCUUGCUCGGCGUGCUGAGAAGGAUCAGAUUCAAUCCCAGUUCACCUCAAGUGCAUCUGUCACACCUUUUGCCGGUGCUGCCCUAGACGACUUCCUACCCGAGAAGAAAUUUAUCGACUUGCAGCAGGCAUCGACGUCAAGAGAAGCGCGACUGUUCUGGCUCUCGGCUCUUGCGGUACGUUCGACUGUCGUCCCAACAGCGCGAUCAUCCCAAGAUCUUCGUUCUGCUAUUACCCACACUUUCCGAAGCUUUUACGAGGCAUGGAAAGUUGAGCUCAGCCGCGAGCAGCGCCAUGCGGCUGCGAAGUCCAGCUUGUUCAAAUAUCGAGGCGGCGAUGACGAUCAGGAUGAGGUCGACCAGCAAGAGCUUGACGAGCUGUUUCCUGACCACGAGACUACUCCGACCCGGAGUCAGGACCAUGAUAUCCAGGAUCUUGCACCCCGAAUGACUGAGCUGUAUCACGCGAUACACUCCCCAGACAAAGCUGAAGCGAACGCUUUCCUGCCACUCUUGAAGGAGUGGGCGACAUUGUAUGGUCAUUCUUCGCAAUCCCACAAGAUCCCAGCCGUCUUGUCUGCCCUUCAUGGCCUCUCGACCAAGCUAUUCUCGAAUCACGCCCCUUCGCGUACGGCCAACAUCUACAAAGACGCCAACAUCGCUCAAAGCAGGACACUUGUGGCACUGAUGAACAAGCUCCAGUCUCGCUUCAAUUCUAUCCAUGAUGCAUGGCCCGAGCAUGCGACACCCAUUGAAGUUCUGCGUGGUUGCGAUGACAUCCUCUCUCUUGGUCACGCAGAACCUCUUGUUCGAUAUCUGCCAUCGGUCGAGAAGCUUCAUGCGACAAUCAAUGAAUGGCAGAAAGUCGCUAGCACCGAGUUCUCGGCGAACAAUCUGCUCGAAGAGACAACCAGUCUCAUCAUCGCUUGGAGACAACUCGAGCUGUCCACGUGGGCAGGAAUGUUCAAUGUCGAAGAUGAGAACUGCAAAGCAAGCGCUGCCUCUUGGUGGUACAUUGCAUACGAGACAAUUAUUGGUGCGUCUGAGGAGUUGCAGGGCAUGGCAGAGGAAGUUCAGAAGUUUUCCUCUCAACUGGUCGAAACGCUCGGUGGCUUCCUGGCCAAUUGUGGUCUGGGCGAGUACUCAAUCCGCCUCAGCAUGCUGGCCGACUUCGAGGCUGCCUUGGCGACGCAAGACGGCACGGACGUCAUUCGUGGUGCUCUGAGCAGUCUGAUCUCCUUCUACUCCCGGUUCCAACCAGCGAUCACCGAACAGCUGCACAAGAAGCGUGCGGAGCUGGAGAAGGCCAUCAAGAACGUGAUCCAGGUUGCAAGCUGGAAAGACCGAAACAUCGAGACAUUGAAGAACAGUGCGAAGGCAUCGCACAAGAAGUUGUUCCGUACCGUCAAGAAGUACCGUCAGUUGCUCAGUGAGCCAGUCGGACCCAUAUUGCAGGCUGAGUUCCCGAAGGCAGUCAUUGCCCCUGAGAGCGGGACGUUGACUCAGCUUCUACCGAGUCUCAUCGCAGAAACGAACAGUGAAUCGACCGUACAUUCUGUACUGGCAGCCCAAUUUUCCGACAUGCAGCAGAACAUCCGUGAGAUUCAGAACACAGCCAAUUCAUUCAAUUCACCUGCAGCCACCACCAAGAAGAUACAGAAUUUCCUCCAGGACUUAGACGAAGAGAGCACCGAACUUCGCAAAGCGACUCCCAGUACGGCUACAGAAGAGAACAAGACCCUCGUGCAGCAUCUAAAGACAAGGAAGCGGCGCCUGCUAGCUGACGUCCUCCGUGACGUUCGACUCAUGGGCUUCCAAACCAACAUCAGUGAAGAUGUUCUGGCUCAACAAUCGUCAUUGCAUCUUGUGCUGGCAAAAUCUGCGCCUCUUGGCGACGUCACGGCCGACGAAACGUUCCACCGAUUCCUGUAUGUCAUGCAGUCUGUGAGGGAGAACGCCGGCAAGCACUCGGAGGACCUGACGCCUGCUGAGAUUGCUCGCUCUAAAACUCUGCUAGAAAGCAUGCUUCAAGUAUCGCUUGAGCAGCGACAGUGCCUGCAACGAUACUUCAAGGACUUCACGUCGCUCAAGACAACAAUGCAGCAGCUCGCUGCUCUGGCCAACAGCGAAUCGCCUGGUGUCCGACCAGACUUGGAGAGACCUUUGCUUUUCUUGCAGACUGAGGUUACAGCUGUUCGAAGCGCGCUGCAAACAGCUAUUCGCUGCAUCGAUAUCCAGGCUGAGCUUUCAGGAUCGGUCUACUCAACUGUCGCCGAUGCCCUCAUUCAGGAAGCCUCUCGAUUGGACCGCAUCGAAACUAACCUGGCGAACCUUCCGCCAAUCCCUGUUUUCAUCGACAAUGCCCGAGUGCGAGAGCUGGAGGCACAUUUCACAUCUUCGAAGAACCUCCUUAGAGCAGUGGCCACCGAUAGCAUCCAGAAAAACCCCGAGCUCGAACCUGUACUCAGCCAGCUCCUUAAUUGGAUCCAGCAUCCCACUCCGUCUCCGACGCAGGCCAAUGGAGUUUCUGCUACAUCGGACGAAACCUGGGUGCAAAAGUUCGUGGGCCUCCUCCAGCAGACUGGGGAGCAGGUCAAGAGUCUCAAUUUCAGCCAUGCGAGUGGAAAAGACAAGAAGGCGUGGCUUCUCGCAGAACAGAAAUCCACCAAUUCGGCCAUUGCAUCUAUGAGACUGGACUGCAUCUCAGAUACGUUAGGCAAAGCACUGGAGCGUCUUCACAUGGAUGUUCACAGCAACGAUAAGCUUGCUCACAUUGCAGCUUCGGCGCGCGAGACUUAUCCCAUACUGCAAGCGUAUGCCGACGUUACAGGACGACUGAUAUCCGAGAUGUGCGACCUGCACACCAUGACGUGUCGGAUGGCUCAUCGACUUGCACUUUCAUUUGUACAAUUGGCCAAAGAAGGAUUCUGUCAACCUCCUGAAAAGGCGCAAGGUGACCAGAAGGAGUCCGGUCAAGUUGAGAGUGGUACCGGUCUGGGCAAUGGAGAAGGUGCUGAGGACAUCAGCAAAGAUGUCGGUGACGAUGAGGACUUGGGAGACUUGGCUCAAGAUGCAAAUUCGAAGGAGAAGGAAGAAGAGACGCAAGCUGAGAAGGAUGCAGUCGAUAUGGCGGAUGAAGAGCUUGAGGGCGAGUUUGAUGAGAGCACCGAUGCUGACGAGGAAGAAGGGGGAGAUGAAGACGGCCAGGAAGAUGCUGAGGUUGAUGAAGAGGCCGGAAAAGUCGACGAAAAGGAUGGUGCUACUGAUGAGAAGACAUGGGACGACGGCAAGGCAGAAGAGGCUGAGAAAGAAGCCGACAAGGGCAAAGGAACUCGCAGCGAGGAUGUUUCUGCUGCUCAAGACGGCGCAAAUGAGGAGGAUGAGCAGGAGGCCGAGGAUGGCGAGCAAGGUGAUGAUGAUGCUGAGAUGGGCGCAGAAGUGGAAGAUGAGGGUGAGGCUCAGGCGCCUGAACAGGCGGAUCCUCAUCUACAGGACGAACAGAAUCUGGACUUGCCUGAGGACAUGAACAUGGACGGUGGCAAAGCUGAAGACGAGGACAUGGAUUCUGGAGAUGAUUUGGGGGAUGCCUUUAGCGAGGCAGAUGCCGACGCAGAUGUUGACGCUACAUCGCCUGACGCCAAAGACGCCGAGAUGCAGGACGGGGAAGAAGAGGAUCGAGGGGAAGAAAAUGGAGAAGCCGUUGACCUGGACAAAGAGGAGGCAGAUGAGGCCGCCGAACAGGACGGUGAGGAUGCGAACUCCGACGUCAAUAUGCUGGACAUGCCAGAUAACCACGACGAGCCUGACGAUGGCCUCACGACGGCUGACGCCGGACAAGGCAAUGAAGAAGACAAAGCUGCCAAAUCCAGUGGUGCGCUUUCGAACGAGCAAGAAAUGCAAGACGAGAACGAUGCCGAACAAGACAAUGGACAGCCUGGCACUGCGGAGGGUCAAAAGCGAUCGGAACAGAACGAUGCGUCUGGUCAGGUGGAAGUCGGGGCUGACGAACAGGAAGCGCAGCCGUUCCAACAGCUGGGUGACCUUCUGAAGCAGUGGUAUGAGCAACAUCGAGACAUCGAGGCGGCGAAGCAAGACAAUGAAGCCGAGCCUGAGUCUCAACAGCAGAUGGACAUGCAAGAUACUCGCUUUGAGCAUACGGAGGAUGUCGAUGCUGAAAUGCAAGCGAUAGGUGCUGCGUCAGCGGAUCAGUCCAGGGCGCUCGACAAUCAGAAUGCUGUCCCCAUCGAUAACGAGGAGCCUGAGCCGACCGAGAAGCUUGACAAUGCUCUGCCACCUGAUCCUGAAGACCAACCAGCGGACGACAAUGUGGAGGCUGGCGGUGCGACCGAUAGGGGCACCGAAGCUGCAUCAAAGCCCGACAAAGCAAUGAUCGGAGCACCGAACAAUCAUGAUAUGGACAUCGAGGAUGUUCCACGCUCAGAGUCUCCUCAGACCGACAUGGAAGACGUCGACGAGCAGCUGACCAACACUCACUUGUCACUGCAGCAGCCAAACUUGAUGUCUCUCGAAGACGCGCGCCAUCUCUGGACAGAGCACGAAAGCAGGACACGCAAUAUGGCCGUGGUCCUGACCGAGCAUCUGCGCCUGAUCCUGCAACCAACGCAAGCCACCAAGAUGCGUGGUGACUUCCGCACGGGCAAGAGACUGAACAUCAAGAAGAUCAUUCCUUACAUCGCUUCGUCCUACAAGCGCGACAAGAUCUGGAUGCGGCGAUCGAUACCCAGCAAGCGCUCCUACCAAAUCAUGUUGGCGAUUGACGAUUCCGAGUCGAUGAACGAGAGUGAGCGGAAGGGCCUCGCCUUCGAUACAUUGGCACUCGUCGCCAAGAGCAUGUCCAUGCUGGAAGUCGGCGAACUAUGCAUCAUCGGCUUUGGCGAGACAAUCAAUGUCAACCACGACUUCAGCGCACCAUUCACGUCAGAAGCCGGCGCCGAAGUCUUCAAGCAAUUCAGCUUCUCGCAAACGAAGACCGACGUCCGUCGCCUCCUCGAGAAGUCCAUCGACCUCUUCCGCACAGCACGUCUCAAAGCCACCGGCUCAGCAAGCGAUCUCUGGCAACUCCAACUCAUCAUUUCCGACGGCCUCUGUGAAGACCAUCCAUCCAUCCGCCAGCUCGUCCGUCAAGCACACGAAGAGCAGAUCAUGGUCGUCUUCAUCGUCGUUGAUGCCACAGCCGAAGAGACGAAAGCAGUCGGACCGAAGCAGAGUAUCGUCGAUCUUCAGCGGGUGGAGUUUACGAAGGACGCUACCGGGGAGCCGCAGAUCAAUAUGAUCAAGUAUUUGGACACGUUCCCGUUCAAGUAUUAUCUGAUUGUGAGGGAUGUUGUGGAGUUGCCUGGGGUUUUGGCCGGGGCGUUGAGGCAGUGGUUUUCCGAGGUUGUUGAGUCGGGUGGGUAG